UUUGUUUUUUUUACUUUAUCUUCACUUUAUAUUAUUUUUUAAAUAAAAAACAUGGAAUCCAAAUUUCAUGUUCUUGUCGUCGGCGGCGGUGCAAUCGGAGGUCUCCUCGGCUGGCGUCUCAGCCACUCCACCACCCACACUGUCUCCCUCCUCUGCCGCUCCACCUACAAUCAAAUAAAAUCCCACGGCAUCCCAAUAACCUCCCUCCAAUAUGGCAACGCAAUCUACCACCCGGAAUAUCUCUACCGCACAAUCGACGAUGCCAUAGCACACACUACUAGCUUUGACUAUAUCCUGGUAGCACUCAAGGCACUGCCCAAUAUCUACGAUAGCUCUGAAGUAAUUUCCAAAGCUGUAGGUCCGGGGACAAUGAUUUUGCUGUUCCAGAAUGGGAUUGGCGUGGAGGAGCCGUUUUUAAAAAGAUUCGGCAAAGGUAAUCCCGUGGUUAGCUGUGUAUCAUUUGUUAGUGUGUGCAAGGAAAAUAGGGAGGAAGGCGGCGGGUUGGGUGGGUGGAGGCUCAGACAUGGCGGAUUCACCAUGGUUGUAGCCGGGUUUGCCAACGAGCAGCACACCAAUGAGGACUUGCAGAAGCUGUACAAUUUGUUUGCCGAGUUCCAACGCUCUGGCGGCAUUGACUGCUCGAUUAAAUCAGAUAUUCAGGUGUACCGGUGGCAGAAACAAAUCCUCAAUGGGUCGACCAACCCCGUGUCUGUGCUCUCCCAGCUCAGUUGCCAGGAGAUGGUCCGACAUAAACGGUAUCGUCGAAUGCUAGAAGACGUUAUGGCGGAGAUAUUUGCCGUGGCUGAGAGUAUCAUUAAGGGGAAACUUCCUGGAACAAAUGGCAUUGUGGAUCCUCCAGCGGCUAUAAGGUAUAUUGAGGGGAUUGAGGCACCUGUGUAUACGUCGAUGCUUGAGGAUUCGCUAAAUAAGAGGCAUAUGGAGACCGAGGUUAUUCUGAAAAAUCCCAUUGAUUUGGCAGAAAAACAUGGAGUGGCCGUGCCACACAUGAGGGCGUUGUAUGAGUCGCUUUUGAAAAUCGAACAAGCAUAUGAGAAGUAACA